AUGCUGAAGUCACUCUUCUUCUUUCCAGAUGCAGACCACUGCCUCAAGUGUCCAGAAGAUCAACAUCCAAAGGAGGCCCGUGAUCAAUGUGUCCCCAAGGAAAUAAUCUUUCUGUCCUAUGAUGAACCUUUGGGGAUCAUCCUGGCUUCCUUUGCCCUCUUCUUGUCCUUAACCACUGGCUUUGUGUUAGGAAUUUUCAUUAAAUACCUAGAAACACCGAUCGUCAAGGCCAAUAACCGGGACCUUUCCUACAUUCUCCUCAUCUCCCUGCUGCUUUCCUUUCUGACCUCUCUCCUGUUCAUUGGGCAGCCAAUCAAACCAACUUGUCUUCUCCGACAAACAGCCUUCAGCAUCAACCUUUCAGUUGCCAUCUCUUCUGUGUUGGCCAAAACAAUCACUGUGGUGUUGGCCUUCUUGGCCACUAAACCAGGGAACAGGGUGAGGAAGUGGCUGGGGAAGAGUUUGGCCAACUCUGUGAUCAUUUCCUGUUCCAGUGUCCAAGUUAUGAUUUGCACCAUCUGGCUGGCCAUCUUCCCCCCUUUUCCAGACUCUGACAUGCACUCCCAACUUGGAGAGAUCAUCCUGCAAUGUAAUGAAGGAUCUGUUGCCAUGUUUUAUGUUUCUCUUGGCUACAUGGGCUUCCUAGCUGCCAUCUGCUUCAUGGUGGCUUUCCCAGCCAGGAAGUUGCCCGGGUCUUUCAAUGAAGCCAAGCUGAUCACCUUCAGCAUGCUGGUCUUCUGCAGUGUUUGGGUGUCCUUUGUGCCCACCUACCUGAGCACCAAGGGCAAAUACAUGGUAGCCUUGCAGGUCUUCUCUAUCUUGGCCUCAAGUACUGGCUUGCUGGGCUGCAUUUUUAUUCCCAAAUGCUACAUUAUUGUACUGAGGCCUGGUCUGAAUGCAAGAGAACAUCUUGUGAUAAAAACUAAAGAUGGCUUCUUAUCAGUGCAAAAGAAGAAUUCCACCCCACCACAAUCUAGAUAA